AGCUAACUCACGGGAUGGACUUCUUUCCUAGCCAAACUUUGGGACCGGGUUAUGCCUUGGUGGUGCAGCUCUUCCUUGUCUAGGUGGUGAAAUGACAAAACUCAUUGUUUGUGAAUUUGAAAUAAUCUUUCCUCAAGUCCCAUCUCCUUUCACCUCAUAUGGAAUAUAUCUCUCUGUCUGUUGUUAAACUACAAUGACAUGUCUGUAGCUAUCAGAAAGAGAAGCUGGGAAGAGCAUGUGACCCAAGAGUCAGGACAGCCUUUGAAUUCUGAUGAUUAUAACACAGCAUGUCAUCAUGGACUUGUAGCCGAAAGCUUGCAGGAAAGUAUGGAAAAAGAUGCAACUCUAAAUGUGGACUGCAAAGAGAAGCGUGCUUCACUACCGGAUUGCUGUCAUGGACCAGAGUUGAGAGAUUUUUCUGGGAGGCCAAUAGGUCAUGUUUCAAAGGAGGUGGAUGAAAAUGACAAUCCUGAAGUUGAAGAUGAGUUUCUUUCUCUGGAGGCCAGCACAGAAACACUGGUACAUAUUUCGGAUGAGGAUACAGAUUCUGAUCCGUACCUUACAGGUGAUAAAGACAUAUUAACAACUAAAGAGCAUAAAAUAAUAAGCCAAGACAGUGUCGAUGGAGCAGGCUCCUUAAGAAAGACACUGCCUAUUAUGGAAAGUAAGCAAGGCUCCUAUAACUCUUGGGGAACAGCUAGGGAAUCUGACUUAGCACUGGUGGAUGAAAGUGGAGAAAAAAGAAAUGUUGAUACUGUAAGUAAAAGCCUGGAGCUUUGUAAUAAUAUAAGCAUAAAUAAAACAAAAGAUGCACCCAAAGGUUCUUCGCCUGUGAAAGCAAACAUACCAGAGAAACAAAUGCUUAAUUCUGCUGUGGUUGCACAGCAACGAAGGAAACCUGAUUUCCCUAAGGACGAACAUGAAAGAAACAGCUGCCACAAAGUACAAAAUGAGUCCUUAGCCAGCCCUUGUGCAGAGGGUGGCCUGUCGUUAUUAAAAGCAGAUUGUGGAACCUACCUUCGGCAGCCUCCUUCCCGCCCUGGAGAACUGUCCACUGAAAAUGGCCUAGAGAACAGUGGUUUCUCUGAACAUCAAAACAAAAGUCCCCCAGAGGUCAGCAAGGAAGAUAGCAUGCUAUGUUUACACUUGAGGAACUCUCUGACCACCCAGGAGCCCACAGAGAGCCAAGUCAGACUACGCAAGAAAAAGGAAAGAAGAGAAGAUCGAGAUAAGGCCCGGCUGGACUCCAUGGUGCUGCUAAUUAUGAAACUAGACCAACUUGACCAGGACAUUGAAAAUGCCCUCAGCACCAGCUCUUCUCCUUCUAGCACACCAACGAACCUGCGGCGCCAUGUUCCUGAUCUGGAAUCAGGAUCUGAAAGUGGUGCAGAUACCAUUUCAGUACACCAGACCCAAGUAAACUUGCCUCCUAACACUGAGUUGAUGGAUACAACAUCUUCUACUCCAGUGUCCAGUUCUGGAACCAAACCCAAGGCAAUGGCUGUUCCAAGUUUUUCAAAUAAGGAAAAGGCUGGUGAGUUGAUACUUUGGUGGUGUUUUCUCUUAUCUAUUUUAGUAUGA